AUGAGUGCAUCCGUGAUCCUCGCACCAGACCGCCCAGCGCCAGACUCAACCACUCGCAAAGCCAUUUUCCUCGCGGGAACAACCAGCCCUACAGGAGAACCCGACUGGAGACAGACGCUAACAGAGGCACUCUCGAACUUGCCCAUCACGAUAUACAAUCCCAAGAGAGACGACUGGGACUCUACCUGGAGAGAAGACUUUUCAGAUGAUCGAUGGGCCGAACAAGUGCAGUGGGAACUCGAGAUGCAGGACAAAGCAGACAUCGUUGUCGUCUUCUUUCACGGAGUCAGUCCUGCGCCGAUUAGUUUGCUGGAGUUGGGCCUUUGUGUUCGGUCUGGGAGGGCUAUAGUGUGUGCUCUGGAGGGUUAUUCGAAGAGAGGGAACGUGGAGGCUGUUUGCCGGCGGUACGGGGCCAGGCUGGUGAUAUCGGAGGAUGAGUUGAGGGAUGCUGUAAUUGAGAGACUGAGUCAACUGCUGCUUGAUGCUUGA